AGUUCUCUGUCCUCGUCUUUUUUCAGUUUCUCUUUCUUCGUCCCGUCAGGAAUGCCCUCCUUCCUCUGAGAUCUCGGAGUCGCCCUCCUCUUGCCCAAGCCCAGACCGAUCGAGGACCAGCCCUGCAUCCAGAUCUAUGUUUUUUGUGCCCCUCCACGUGAUCCCUGCUGGCGGAGGUAGCACCGUGUGGGAGAAUGACGCCCCCCCACUUCGGCAAUAUGGUCGCACGGUCGCACCCGUGGUGGCCUGGCCACAUCUACAAAGUCAGGCUCACCGUCUCAUCGAUGACGAUGAGGUACACCGCGGCUACCGCGACGGGUUCAUCCUGGUCGUCUUCUUCGGCGACAAGAGCACGGGUGGUUCGAGCCCGGCGAGCUCGUCCCCUUCGAGGACCGCUUCACCGAGAAGGCAGCCCACGCCGAGGCCGUCGACAAGCGACGUCAUUUUCUUCCUUGUCAAUCUCCCGGCAUUCGACACCAACGUUGACUACCACCGCCACCAGACCCAGGCCGCGCGGCAACGAUUUGUGCGCAGAAGGAGCUCGACUAAGUGCUUAACGCUGCCAUGGCUGAUGGCUCAACGGGACGCGGCGGAAAAGGCUGCACACACCGUGCCAGGGAUGGAGAUGACCACGUUGUUCUCAGCGUACCGUCGCGCAGUGUUUUCGCCCAUAGACCACCUACGCCCAAGCGUUGGGACUUCGGGGUGGAUCCCGAGCUUCCGCUUGCUACGGACUAGAGAGCCACGGCGGCAGAGCGAGCUCAACAAGGAACUGAUUGAAGAAAGAACAACCACCAUUUGCAUCAUCAAGUAUCAUUUAAGGCGUCAUUAUUGGGCACUCUUAUUUGACCAUGUCAUAAGAUCACCUUACAACAUUAAAAAUAUUGAGAAAAAGUAAACCUUCCUAAACGUUGAUUGCAAACUAAUGUUUAUGUUGGCUUUUCACAAGAAUUAGUUUAAACUUGUGGAUUGUCAUGCUUUCUUCUCUAAAAGAAUAUUUUAGAAAAUACAGUUUGUAUUCAGUGCUGAUGGGAUUGAUUUUAUCAUGGAAUAUAUUUCAGAACCACUUUGGGGCCAACAGUGUCGUAACAAGGUUCGCCCUCGACUCGAGAACCAAGUUGUUAAUGAGGCCACCUUCCGGUGUCUAGAUUGCUUUGUUGUCCUAUUCCUGUUACUAUUAUCUACACUUACAGAUAAGCCUUGUCGAUGCAUUUUGAUCAGCUCCUUUUGUUCCUAUGCAGAGGGCCCCUAUCGUGCCCACCUUUGGGCGUUUCCCGGCGCUCGUGGGCUAACACAAGCGAGCCCCUUCACUCGCUCUCAAAACCCGGGCUGUGAGAGGAGGGGAAAUCUCACUUAUAAGCUCACCACGGCCCCCUCCGGCUAGCGAGGUGGUACUAAAGCCGGGCGCUAACGGCUAGGCUCCUGACAUCCCAUCCCCCUUUUCGGGCGGUAUGGCGACUGUCUGCCUCUGAUACCAAUUGUCAGCGACCUUCCCGGCCUAGCCCACUCAACGCUACACCUUUGGGCGUUUCCCGGCGCUCGUGGGCUAACACAAGCGAGCCCCUUCACUCGCUCUCAAAACCCGGGCUGUGAGAGGAGGGAAAAUCUCACUUAUAAGCUCACCACGGCCCCCUCCGGCUAGCGAGGUGGUACUAAAGCCGGGCGCUCCUCCAUAUUAUGCUGCUAAUAUAACAUCUAGAUAUUUUUUUACUGUAAGAACCCUCAGUGUAGGCUCCAAGCGGUAAGCACCACUGCAGUCUGCAGUUAAAAUGCGUGUUUCCCUCUACAUUGAUUAUGCAUCUAUUUAAAUUUGGCAGUGUUCUGCUCAACAAAUCUGCUUAACAUAUCAGCAACAAUACCGUCUGGAAGACAAUUUCUGCUAAUGCCAACUUUUUGAUCCUCCACUUGUGUGCAGCUUUCUCACCUUAGAUGCAUUUAAAAUUUCUCUAUGCACUGAUAGACUACUUAUGAUAAUCUAAUGUUGAUUCCAACAAACAUAAGUGUCACUUCCUUUGGCUUAGAACCUAAUUUUAUAGAUGUGUUUAAGAAGUAUGCAUUCGCGGCUUCUCACCACUCCCUAAUGUUGGUGCGUGUUGUUUUGACCACAAAUUCGUUCUGAAAAUUUUAGGUUUCAAAUGCCAAUACAUUUUAAGGAGAUGUACAUGUUAGAAAUAUUUUUCUAAAAACUUGGUUAGAAUUAGAGAAGUCUGACUUAGAACCAAGAUUAUAACCAAGAUUAAAUGACCUAUAAUUUGGAGCAACGGGUCCAGUUUAAAGGCAUUCAUAAACCACUGUACCAUCGUAAUGCAGAAUACUGGAGAUGGCUACCUGAACUUAUGCUGAGAAUCAAGAAUGUUUGAGUGCGGUGGAGCAUGAUUCUCUAUUUUAUGUUGUGACAGUUGUCAAUUAUGGUGAAGCAAAGUUUUCCUUAGUAACUCGACUUUUGGUCGAUAUAUUGUAUUGCUACCAUAAACUUGUUAAAAAAUUUUACAUGUUGUUAAGAAAUGGAUUGUGUUCAUCAACCUUUUUGGUACUCUUA